AUGUCGACCACUACCACCGUCACUGCCACCUCGUCCUUCGAGGCACCCGAGGCCAAGGAUCGCACGUUCGGUGCUCGCUUCGAGACCAAGGAUCUGAUCACGUUUGACGAAAACGCCGUGUACGGUGACUGGAGGGACGAGUUCCACAAGAACGGCUGCGUCGUCAUCAAGAAUGUCAUCUCGCCCGAGCGCGCUGCGUACUACGCCGACAAGCAGAUCCAGUGGCUCAAGAGCUUCGACCUUGGCUUUGACGAGAAGGAUCCCGAGACGUGGACGGCGGAUCACCUCCCCAUCAGCUUCAAGGGUGGCAUGUACUUUGCCUACGCUUCCACCCACGAGAAGAUGGCAUGGGAGGCACGUACCGAGCCCAAGAUCGUCGAGAUCUUCGAAAAGCUCUGGGGCACCAAGGAGCUGCUGUGCUCGUUCGACGGCAUGAACAUUUCUCUGCCAAACCGCAAGGAUCUCAACUGGAGCCCUUGGCCUCACUGCGACCAGAACCCAGAGCGUAAAGGUAUGCAGGCGGUGCAGGGUCUGCUCAACUACGCACCCAACGGACCCAAGGAUGGUGGACUGAUGCUUAUGCGCGGUUCUGCCAAGCUGUUCAACGAAUUCUUCGCGCACAAGCGCGAGUCUGCUGAUCACGAAGACGCACCCCCUCCCGAGCUCAAGUACAUGGACCUGUUCCUGUUCAGCGAGAAGGACAUCAAGUGGUUCGAGGAGCGCGGCUGCGAGAUGUUCAAGGUGGACAUGGCGCCUGGCGAUUUCGUUCUAUGGGACUCGAGGACGAUGCACUACGCUCGUCUUCCCGAAGGUGAGCAGAUCCGUCACGUCCAGUACAUCUGCAUGACCCCCAAAGCGUAUGCCAACGAAGAGGCGCUCGCUGCCAAGAAAAAGUGCUUCGAGAACUGGAUCGGCACCACCCACUGGCCCCACUGCAACAUCCGUCCCGCCGAGGACAAGCCGAUGCGAAACGGCAAGAUCUGCCCCAAGUACCGCUCAGAGCCACUCGAGAAGCCAGAGCUGACCGACCAGCUCUUGCGCCUCGCUGGUGUCAAGGAUUAUUAG